UAACUUCAAAAACAAAUAGAUUUAGGUAUAAUCACAUCCGAAAAGAUCCGUCACAUCGGUCGUUUUUUUUACGGCUGUUCACGGCUAUCCAUUCAAUCAAAGACGAAGAGGCAGAUUGACACCAUAAUGUCUUCACGUGAAAGAUUCAGAAAAGCUUUAUUGCCACCGGGCGCUGAGAAUAUUGAAAAAUUAAAGAAGAUUAUAGAAGAGGGGAAUUAUUAUGGGGCUCAACAGAUGUACAAAACUACAAGUGCAAGAUAUGCGACCGUUGGAAGAUUUUCAGAAGCCUUGGACCUUCUUCAGUCGGGUGCUUGUCUUCAAUUAGAACACGAGCAGGUAACUUGUGGAGGAGAGCUUGCUGUGUUGUUUGUGGAGUUACUAGUCAAAGCUAAAGUUGACUUUGAUAAUGACUAUCUUGAUCGGAUCAGGAAAAUUUACAAAAAGUUCCCUCGGAUCCCUGUGCCUCAAAACUUGGACUUGGCUGAUGAUGAUGCAAUCCAUAAAUUAUCUGAAACCCUUGGAGCUGCAAAAAUACGCGUUGAGAGUUGCUCAUCUUUUUUGAAAGCGGCUAUUAAGUGGUCUUCAGAUUCUGGUCCUCGUAAGAUUGGAUCUCCAGAACUACAUGAUAUGCUGGCUGAAUACAUAUACUCUGAAUCACCAGAGGCGGAUAUGACUAGGGUGUGUUUCCAUUUUGCAAGGGGUAGAAAUCCAAAAAAGUUUGCUUCAACCCUUGUGAAUUUCAUGGGAAAGUGUUAUCCGGGUGAAGAUGAUUUGGCAAUUGCACGAGCAGUAUUAAUGUAUUUAUCUAUUGGUAACCUGAGAGAUGCUAAUAAUAUAAUGGACGAGAUAGAGAAACUUGCUCGAGCCAAGGAACUCGAGUUUCCAGACUCGGAGUUAAUGCGAUUUAUCAACUAUCUCUUGCAAACGUUGAUGAGGGAUGCAUUACCCCUAUUUAAUAUGUUGAAACAAAAGUUCAGCUCCAGUAUAGAACGCGAUCCUAUGUUUCAUGAGUUAUUAGAAGACAUUGGAGAAAAGUUCUAUGGGGUACGCCGUAAAAAUCCCUUACAAGGGAUGUUUGGAGAAUUGUUCAAGAUGUGAGCUGAAGCCAAUAGCGUGUUUCAUACUGAAAAUCCAAAUGUUUCCUGGAGAAUUGCAGUCCGGCACUCUGGUUAUGACCCUUUUCUGCUUGACACUGACAGACGGCAAUUGUCCUUUACAUCUCUCCUAUAUUAUGGUUUGUAACUUUUUAUUCCGCUUCUUCAUUUUGAAAUGCUUGUAAUGUAACAUUAACAUUAUUUUUUUGUGAACUUAGCCUCCAACUAGGACUAGUCACAUGUUCUUGCCACACCUGCAAGGGAAGUGCAGUCCUGAAAUAGGGAUGAUAUAUAGGAACUUAUAGUAUUUGCUAAGAUUUUAGUAUAUGUCCAUGUGUUUGUUAGAUAAUAAAUCAAUCAUAUUUGUUAUAAACAUAUUGGGUUGCUCUAAUAGUCUAAUGUAAUCAAAUAACGUGUAUGGAUAUUUUUAUCAUUUCAAA